UGAGAGUCAGUCAAAGCACUGAUCUAAAGCAUCAGAAGAGAAAAAGACGUGAGGAAAUAAACAGUUGUGCAUCAGAAAGAGACUAUCAUGGCAUCGUUAAAUCUCGGGUUCAACGGGGCUCGUAAAAAAGCUGUAGCGCGUAUCAGAGCCGUAGAGAGGAGGAAUCUGAUCACCGUUUGCAGGUUCUCAGUGAAGACCCUCAUUGAUCGCUCAUGUUUUGAGACGAUAGACAACACAUCUGCUGAGUUCAUCAACUUUGUCUCCAUUCUAGAACAUAUUCUCAGCCAUAGACUGAAAGGUCAGGUCAGCUGGUUUGGCUACGAGAGCCCGCGCAGUUUCUGGGAUUACAUGCAUGUGGCGUGUAGUAAAGUCCCGCACAGCUGCAUCCAUAGCAUCGAGAACAUGGAGAACGUCCGCAGUUCUAGAGCAAAGGGUCGUGCCUGGAUGAGAGUGGCGUUAAUGGAGAAGCGUUUGUCUGAAUACAUCUCUGCAGCUCUGAGAGACUUCAAAACUACAAGGAGGUUUUAUGAGGAGGGGGCUGUAGUUCUGGGUGAGGAGGCGGGGCUUCUGGCAGAUACACUGAUUGGACUGAAUGCCAUUGACUUCAGUUUCUGUCUGAAAGGGGAGGGGCUUGAUGAGAGCUGUCCUGUCGUCAUUGACUACACACCAUACCUUAAAUUCACACAAACUUCUGAGAGCAUCAGCAGUGAUGAGGAGGAAAUGAGAACGAUGGGCAGCAGCGGCAGUGAAUCAGGCACUCCUGAAUCCCACAUGGCCGCCAGUCUGAUGGCCGAUCAGAGCACCUGGUACAGCAAGAGCAAAAGACUAGAGCAGAAAUACAGAGUCGUGCUGGAACAGAAGGGUUAUCUGGAGGAGCUGGUGCGUCUGAGGGAAGUUCAGCUCUCUGAGUCUGUCUCUCAGAAUAAAUCUCUACUGCAGCGGCUCACAGACACCGAAAUCAGCCACAAACUGGAGAAAGAGCAGCUGGAGAUCAUCAUACUGACGGUGAUGAAGAACUAUGACCUUCGCUCCAGACAGGAGCUUACCUCGCACCUGACAAACCAAUGGCCCUCACCUGCUGCCUUGGAUACCGAUGCAGUUGCCUUGGAUACGCUCCUGUACAGGAAACGCACAGGACCAUGGGAAGAGAAAAGCUUCCAGAGUUUGGAGCAGCUUUCUGCAGAUACGAGUCUCUCUCAGAUGUCUCUGGAUCCAGCACAACUGAACACACACAGUCUGGAGAGCAAGGCAGGACUUACACACUGGCACAGAGAAGGGAAAGAGGAUACUCCGUCUCUGAGGGGUUUGUGUGGUUCCUUAACCUCAAUGGCCAGUUACAAAUCUCUGGCUAGUCUGAAGUCCAGCGAGUAUCUGGCCAGUCCAACAACAGACAUGACCAGCCCUGGACUGACUCCAUCCUGAGAGACAAGUAUGGACAUACUGUAUAAAUGCAUACACAAACACACCAGCCUGCUUGAGAUGGUGUGGACUUCAAAUUGAAGUGAAGAAAGAAAAGCUACCUAUCGGUACCAUCCUCAGAGCUUCUAAGAGACAUUUCAGCUAGACAAGAUGAAACCCCAGUGCUAUCCCGACUGGUUUUAGUUUAAUUUGAAGUGCAAUUCAUUUUCAAAUCUGAAGUCCAUAGCUAGUGUAAGCAUUAGCAUUAGUGAAUAUUGAGCAUAAUGUAUCACGAUGAAUGACAGUCUUGACUCAGGACAUCAGUGAAUUUCAGAUGUUUGUGAAAUUUUGUUUAUCUACCCAGUUCAAAUGUUUGCUGUUUUUGGAAAGUCUAUAGAUAAAGGUUUUCAUGGUGUUUUAUUUUUGCUUCUGCUCAUAAAAUUUGUCCUGUGUGGAAUUAUACUGAAUAAUUACUAAACUCUGAUUUAACUUCAGUGCCCCUAUCGAAACUUAUAGUUUAUAAAAAAAAAAAACACAUCAUAGCACAUCACAGCUAUACUAGCACAGCUAUGUAGGAAAUAUUUUUAUAUAUUUAUUUUAUUUUAUUAAUGUUUUAUUUCAUUUAAUAUUU